AUGAUCACAGACAAGAGCGAUUCGGACGAUGAACGGAAACAUUUGGCAGUUAGGGAUUUAAAACCUGGUGCAGGUCGCCUCAUCAUCCAAGACAAUGUGAUCCGUUUCGAACACGUCCCAUUGGUAACUCCCAACGGUGACGUCCUCAUUGAUGAUCUUAACCUUGUGGUGCCAUCGGGAACGAACGUGCUCGUUUGCGGUCCAAAUGGAUGCGGAAAGAGCUCAUUGUUCCGAGUUUUGGGAGAAUUAUGGCCAUUGUUUGGUGGAACUCUCACAAAGCCAGCAAAGGGAAAAUUAUUCUAUGUUCCGCAGAGACCUUACAUGACUUUGGGAACCCUGAGAGAUCAAGUGAUCUAUCCGGAUCGAUCCAUGGAUAUGUUGAAGAAAGGAUACACCGACAAAGACCUUGAGGAGAUGUUGGCACAU